AUGUUGCAUGAUUCUACGGAUGAUGAUGAUGAUGAAGCUGUCGGUGAUUUCGAAAGAGGUGCAGUUGGCCAUCAGCCGGUGUCGCCAAAUCGUUCGAUUCCUUUAUCAAUUCGACCAGUAACACCAUACCAGACGGCCUCAUAUCCCGCAACAACAACAAGUUCACCAUUACUACCGCCUAAAUCAGCUAAUGUCGAUCAUUUACCGCCAACAGGAAAAGCAUCACCAAUCCAUCAUCCACAUGUACAUCCAUCACCAAUGCCAAUACAUCGAAUAUUACCUAGUUUACCAACGAGUUCAUUUAUUGAAUCACCAGCAUUAUGUAUACGUUCAUCAACACAAACCAGUUUUCAACAGGACACCAGUCAACCCUUGACAAUUCUCAAAGCUGAAACACAUAGUUUGAGGAGUGCGGAUUCGACUGGAUCUUCAGAAGAACCAAUACAUCCAUCACUACAACCACAGCAACCAAAUGUCGUACGAAGUCCAGAUCAUUCAUUGAUCAAUUCGAAACACCGUUCAGUACAUGGAUAUCCAUCAGUAUCAAGUACUGGUACAACACUGUCGAGUACUACUGGUGUGCCCAUUGAUCGUGUGCCUUCCCCGUCGCCUUCGUUAUUGAGUGAACGUGAACGUGAAGAAAUUGAACGUGUCGAACGUGAAUUAGAAUUCAAACGAAAACGUUUACAAAUUUACGUCUUCAUUUGUCGUUGCAUUGCAUGCCCAUUUAAUUCGAAACAGUCGUCAGAUAUGGCACGAAAACAUUUGAAAGUGACUCUCAUUCAAUAUGGAGUUAUCAAAGAAAGAUUCUUAUCUUUUCUCAAUGGAAAAACCCAUAUUGAAGCUGAUGAAGCUUUUACUAAUGCUGUUCGUUCAUAUUACGAAGUCUUUUUGAAAAGUGAACGUGUGGCCAAGAUGGUCCAAUCCGGUGGUUGUUCUUCAGAUGAUUUUCGUGAUGUAUUUCGUAUCAAUAUCGAGAAACGUGUGCGAAACUUACCUGAUAUUGACUCAUUAAAAAUAAGCAAAGACACGGUGCUUACUCUAUGGAUGUCAAAAUUUGAUGCUAUCUACCGUGGCCAAGAUCAAGAUCAAGAUAAUCCGAAUCGUCGUCUAUCGAAAUCGAAUUAUAUGUCAACGACAGCGGAAUUAAUUAUGAGCAAAGAACAAUUAUACGAUAUGUUUCAGAAUAUUUUGAAUAUUAAAAAAUUUGAGCAUCAAAUGAUUUUCAAUAGCGCUCAACUUGACAAUAAUGACGAACAAGCUGCCACUAUUCGUCGUGAACUAGAUGGACGAAUGAAACAAGCAGAGUCACUGCAGCGACAACGAGGCUUGAUGCCGAAAUUUGUACAUAAGGAAAUGGACACAUUGUAUGUUGAUGAACUAAAAAAGACGAUCAAUGAUCUGAUGGGUAAUUUGGAAAGUUUACCCGUACGUGGUGGCUCCGAACAAAAGCAAUUACGACCACGACGUGGUCCAGGCCAUGGCCGCCUUACAAGUGCUGGCAGUAAUCCAUUGUCAGGUGGCAAAUCUGCGACAAGACCAGCUAAUGACGAUGGCACCAAUCAUUUAGAUGACAAUGAACCGGGAUUAUCCAAAUUAGCAUUUGUGUUAAAUUUUAAUGUGAAUAUCACAGUGAAGGAAGUGCGUGGAUUGAAAUCUGUGCCAUCAAAUCGUAUUGUUUAUUGUACGAUGGAAGUGGAUGGUGGUGAAAAAUACCGAACUGAACAUGCCGAAGCAGGAAAACCUGUUUGGGAGUCUUUAGCUGAAUUUCCUACGAAUUUAAUCCUACCCAUUGUUAAAGUGAAACUUUAUAUGGAAAAUCCAGGGAUACUUAGUUUAGACGAUAAUAAACUUGGCAAAGUGACACUACAAAUCGAUCCAACAUUUAACAAAACUAAUUGGUGGACGGAUAUGAUUAAAAAUAAAAGUACAUCUACAGAUGAAUUAAAAGUUAAAUUAGAUGUACGAAUGGAGAAACCACAGAAUCUUAAAAUGUGUGGUUGGUGCUAUGCUCGUGGAAAAAAUGUUUGGAAGACAUGGAAGCGACGAUACUAUGCACUAGUUCAGGUUUCGCAAUAUUGGUUUGCUAUAUGUAGUUAUCGUGAAAAGAAAUCUGAACCUACCGAAACCAUGCCCCUCGAAGGUUAUACGGUUGAUUAUGCUGAACCAGACAAUGGUUUGGUGAUGCACGAUGCGAAAUAUUUUUUUAAAGCUGUACGUGAAGGUGACGUUGUGACAUUUGCAACAAAUGAAGAGAAUGAACGUCAUAGUUGGGUACAAGCACUAUAUCGUGCUACUGGUCAAUCACAUAAACCGACACCACCGGUAACGGCGACAAACAAAACAAGUCAAGGUGCUGUUGGAUCUACUGCAAAAGAUCCAGCUGGACAGUUACCUGUUUCCCGUACUCAGUCGUACGAUCUCGUUGAGCGAGCCAAUUAUUUUCGAAGUUUAUUCAAGAUAAUUCCAGCGAAGCAAUACGCAGAUCGAUCGAAAAAGCUGGGUUUUGACGAAUACAUUCAAAGUGAUCCAUGUAAAUUUGACCAUCAUGAUUUUUUCAAAGUAUUACAAUCAGCAACAUUGGAUUAUCGAUUGAACGAUCCAUAUUGUUCAUUAGGUUGGCUAAGUCCUGGACAAAGUUACAUCCUGGAAGAGUAUUGUUCUCGAUAUGGCGUUCGUGGUUGUGUGCGGCAUUUAUAUUAUUUAAAUGAUUUACUUGAUCGAGCUGAACAAGGAUUUAUGGUUGAUCCACAAUUGAUUCAUUAUAGUUAUGUAUUUUGUGCUUCACAUGUCUCAGGAAAUCGACCUGAUAAUAAUGUAACGACGAUCACAAUGGAGGAGAAAGAUCGUUUCAAUGAAAUAAAAGAUCGUCUGAAAGCGUUUCUUGAACAUCAAGUAACCAAUUUUCGAUAUUCAUUUCCAUUCGGUCGGCCAGAAGGUGCAUUGAAAGCAACGUUGAGUUUACUGGAACGUGUUUCAUCAAAAGAUGUAGCAACACCGAUUUCUCGUGACGAGAUACGGAAUUUCAUUGGAAAAUGUCUGGAAAAUGCUGCUUAUAUCAACUACACUCGUGUCUCCGACCAAGCAAAGAUUGAAGAAACGGUUUACAAUAGUGAUGAUUCACCGCGAAAGAAAAUCGACGAUUUGAUUCAUCUAGCUGAACUGUGCAUUGAAUUGCUACAACAAGAUGCUGAACAUUAUCAAGAAGCAUUUCAACAGUAUCGUGAAUUGUUAGUCGAACACGAAGAAAUCUUCUGGUCGUUAUUCGCUGUUGACAUGGAACAUGUCAUCGAUCAACAGCCAAUUGAAAGUUGGGAUUCCUUUCCAUUGUUUCAAUUGUUAAAUGAUUAUCUUCGAGGACAUGAAUCUCUAGCACUAGGUCGAUUUCAUCAGCAAUUACGUGAUACAUUUGUUCCAUUGGUUGUUCGUUAUGUUGAUUUAAUGGAAUCGUGUAUAGCUCAAUCGAUACAUAAAGGUUUCGAAAAGGAAAACUGGAAAAUGAAAACGCAUGGAUGUGCAACAAGUGAAGAUAUUUUAUGGAAACUUGAUGCUUUACAAGAUUUCAUUCGUCAUCUACAUUGGCCGGACGAAAUCUUUGGUGAACAUUUAGAAAAACGAUUAAAACAAAUGGCUUCAGACAUGAUCGAAGCAUGUGGGAAAAGAGUAUACCGUCAUUUCGAAACAUGGAUGAAAAAAGGUGGUUUAAUUAGUGGAACGAGUUCUGAUUAUCUUCUCCCAGCUGAAUGUUGUGUAAUGGUGAAUGUCAUUCUUGAUUGUAAAGCUCAAGCUUUAAAACUAUGUGCAUUGAAUAGCGGUGAUCUUCAUCAAUAUCACACACGUAUUGAUGAAUAUUUAGAGAAAAUUCUUAAAGAUAUGUCGAAAGCAUUAAUACAAAAAUUAAUCAGUGCUCUUGAUUCUGUUUUCAAAAAACUUGCGCGUUACGAUGAAGGAACAUUCUUUGCUCAAAUUCUUUCAUUAGCAAAACCAAUCAAUGAAGAUGGUCAGGCAUAUGUUUCAUGUGUGAAUACGAAUCUCGAACAACUACGGCAGAAAAUAAGUGAUGAAAUAUUCACAUUGAAUAUUUUCGAAGAAUGGUAUCGACAACAAACACAGUACAUUUUUAUUUGGUUGGGCGAACGAACAGAAAUCAGUCUUCAUCCAUAUCAACUAGCUUGUUUAAUGUUGAUAGUUAAAAAAACUCGCGGAAGUUUUGAAUUGCAAGGUGUACCAGAAAAAGAUUUGAACUCUCAAUUAUACAGUAGUAUCAUGCAAAGAUUACACGUAAGCGAGAUCUAA